AUGGCCGAGCCGAGCUCCUCCGACGACGUGGCGCUGACCGACAUCGAGCUGCUGCAGGCGGCGUGGAUCAACGAGUUGCGCGCGCCCGAGCUGCUGCCGCACGAGCACGAGCUAGUGCUCCGCGUCAAGGAGCAGGUGGCGGAGCAGGAGGCGCGGGUGGAGGAGCUGGACGAGCGCGACUCGCUCCUCCGCUCGCUCUACGAGAUGGACAACGAGAGGACAAACUACCAGCUCCGCUCGUACCUCCGCACGCGUCUCGAGAAACUCACGAAGAUGGCCAUCUUCAUCGCGCGGCGGCAGGGGGAGGCGGACGCGGAGGCGCGGCCGCUGCUCUCGCGCCCCGAGCAGAACUUUCUCGGAAAGUACCUCGCCCUCUACCAGGACCACAUCGACGCCGAGGCGAACCAGUCUCCCUCCCGCUUCACCUUUCACGACGAGGUGGUUGAGCUGCAGCCGGGCGACACGGUGCUGCUUCCGUACGAGCCGAUCCGCCACUUGGUCCUUGACGGCUCCGUGCAGCUCACCUGACCCGCCUCCUCGGCCGCCUUCGCCUGCCUUCGCCCGCGCUUGUCCCUGCUGCUGUUGCUGCGGCGGCGGGGCGUGGUUUCCUUCUGCUUCGGCUGCGGUUUCGGCAGAGGGAAUGGGUGUGUACUUUCGGUGGCCGAAGGGACGCGGUGUCAGUUGGGGCCCUGAGCCCCCGCCCGCACCCUGCACCCACCGCACUAGUCCCAUGUUCUCCUUCUCGCGGACACACAAACGAGACAUACGUCGCGUCGCCGUCGGUGGACGGUGCGUGUCUCCCCGCGUACGCCACCAUCAUGUCAUACGCUGACGCCGCUCCCACCGAGAGUAUCGACUAUCGUGUU